GCUCAGUGACAGGUCCAGUCUGUGUGAGAUUAGUGUGUCUGUGUGACAGGGAGCCCCUCCUCACCCUCCAUCCAUCCUUCUUCCCACUCUCUCUGCUCUGUUAACUUUGUUUUGGGGGGGAGGAGGUGGUGGCUGCCAUGUCCUCCAUUCUGCCCUUCACUCCCCCAAUUGUAAAGCGGCUGCUGGGCUGGAAGAAAGGUGAGCAGAAUGGCCAGGAGGAGAAGUGGUGUGAGAAGGCGGUGAAAAGCCUGGUGAAAAAGCUGAAGAAGACUGGACAGCUGGACGAGCUGGAGAAAGCACUGGCUACCCAGAGCAUCAGCACCAAAUGCAUCACCAUCCCCAGUACUUGUAAUAAGAUUUGGGGUUUGGCCAUUGCAUGUUCUGCCGAUGAUUGGGAAAUAGCUGGCAGGCUUUCUAUGUCAGAAGAGACUAUGUCUCUGGAUGGGAGACUCCAAGUGUCACACCGUAAAGGUCUGCCUCAUGUCAUAUAUUGCCGUCUCUGGAGGUGGCCAGAUCUUCACAGUCACCACGAGCUACGUGCCAUGGAGAUGUGCGAAUAUGCUUUUAACAUGAAGAAGGAUGAAGUCUGUGUAAAUCCAUAUCACUACCAAAGAGUGGAGACUCCAGUUCUGCCCCCAGUAUUAGUGCCACGAAUUACAGAGAUUCCUGCGGAGUUUCCUCCUCUAGAUGAUUAUAGCCAUUCCAUUCCAGAGAACACCAACUUUCCAGCCGGCAUUGAGCCACAGAUCAACUACAUUCCAGAAACCCCGCCUCCUGGUUACCUGAGUGAAGAUGGAGAAACCAGUGACCAGAUGAAUCACAGCAUAGACUCUGGGUCGCCAAACCUGUCUCCAAACUCCAUGUCCCCAGCACACAGUAACAUGGAUCUCCAGCCUGUAACAUAUUGUGAGCCGGCUUUCUGGUGCUCCAUCUCAUACUAUGAACUCAACCAGAGAGUCGGGGAGACGUUUCAUGCCUCCCAACCUUCCAUGACAGUGGAUGGAUUUACAGACCCAUCAAACUCUGAACGUUUUUGCCUUGGUCUGCUCUCCAACGUGAACCGCAAUGCUGCUGUGGAACUGACCCGGCGUCACAUCGGUAGAGGAGUGCGUCUGUAUUACAUUGGCGGCGAGGUGUUUGCCGAAUGCCUAAGCGACAGCGCAAUUUUUGUACAGUCCCCAAACUGUAACCAGCGUUAUGGUUGGCACCCCGCUACUGUGUGCAAGAUCCCUCCAGGGUGUAAUCUGAAGAUCUUUAAUAACCAGGAGUUCGCUGCCCUCCUGGCACAAUCGGUAAACCAGGGAUUUGAGGCUGUUUAUCAGCUGACCAGGAUGUGUACUAUACGGAUGAGCUUUGUCAAGGGAUGGGGUGCUGAAUACAGGCGUCAGACUGUGACCAGCACCCCUUGUUGGAUCGAGCUGCAUCUGAAUGGUCCGCUGCAGUGGCUUGAUAAAGUUCUGACACAGAUGGGCUCCCCAAGUAUUCGCUGCUCCAGCGUCUCGUAGACCAGCAUGUCCAGGUCACUUAUCUCACCGACCUGGAGAAUCCUAAUAGUGAACAGCACAGAGCAAAGAUCCCAGCACAGCGACUGCCAUCCCAUCAUAAGAUCUUCCCGAUGAUCAUGUGACAGAGUGGGAUGCCAGUACACUAAUUCUUCUCUGUGUGGAAGUAUGACAGUACAUCGAUCUGGAACACUCAGCCUAUUUACAUGGCUUACCUGGCUCUGAGCACCCAGCAUGACCACAACUCAGAAGCAGCUGCUGUUCUCCACUUUUCUUGCUGAUACAAGCACAGGUUCAUAUAACAGCACAGUGCUGAUAAACAAUUCAUCAAACGUUGACCGUUCUAUUUAGGAAAGUCACCGGAAGCCAGUGAAAAGACAAGUCUCACAUGUUACGAUACAGGGUACCGUGUUUACUAGAGUUCUCAUCUAUGAAAUCCUCGGCUCUGAUCUCUCCAGAUAUGUGGCCAUGUUUACCCUGCCAUGGACCUCUCCCACACUGGUGGCUUGUCCCCUCCUUUGUACUAUAUGGAUAUUCUAUAGUCAGUCUGUUCAAUAUAUAUCUUACAAGUGGGGCAAGUGUCUACAAAUGUCUCGCAGCAGCAUUACUUGGGUAGGAGCUCCCAGAAUGCAGUUCAAACGGCUCCUGCAUUAUUCUGACAA